UGUGCGUGCUAUGCACAUCCCCUUCUAUUAAAGCGUACCAAAACAGAGAGCCCUUCAAAUGCCGGUUGAACGGGGAGAAUAAAAUUCAGAGCAUAGGAACGGUCGCUCCGAAUAUGGAUGACAUUUGCCGAUCCUGCCGACGAAGGAGCACCACGCGUUUACGCUGAACUGAGAGAUUAUCCAUUGUUGUUAGCCAACCUCUUCAGGAUGGAGCUGCAAUGCGACGAAUCCUGAACGUGUUACCGUAGGAAAGCAUUCACCGUUUAGGGCUAAAUCGAAGGUGAUAGCACUUUCUGUGCAGAUUCGUGGUUCCAAGUCCGUGUCCGUGGUAUGAUUACGUUAAUUACUGCCGAAAGCAUUUGUUAUGAAACAAUUUCACGUCAACGAUAAUGUUGCCGCGGGUAGUUUGAAAGAGUACUAAUGAACAGAAGCGCGUCGGAUCGGUUGGUUUGAAUUCGUUGCGACAAGCGUGCGUUGAUGCGUCACUUACGUACGGAACCUCUUGCAACAUGUGUGCUGCUACCGUGCGAGAAGAAACAAUGGACAAUCUGAAGGAUUGGGAGUACGUCAAGCAGGGCAUCACCAUGUGGCUUAACAAUAUGCCUAAAGCGGCCGAGGAUAGCUUUAAGGAUCGGCCGUCCAGUGUUCACAUUGUAGCAGGACAUACAUUCAUAUCCUUUAUGAACGCCGUAAUUUCGUGGGAAACGGAAAAGAUGAAUGACGCCCAGACACGCCUACGAGAGCUCGAAAAGCAGUGUGCCGGUGAUGUCGGAUGGCUAAAAUCGGUCCGUUCGAAACUGUUUGGGUCUAGCGAGCCUCGAAAAUCGCUUACUGAGACACUGGAGGAGCAGAUCAUUUUGGCCGACAGUCAGCUCUGUCUAGCGAUACUGGUCUCGUUGGGACAGGAUAUAGGCGGGUUCGUUAAAGGCGGAUGGUUGCUACGAAAGGCUUGGAAAGUGUACCAACAUACGUAUCAACAGAUUUAUCAGCUGUAUUCCGAGACGCUGGACAGUGAUGGGGACAUGUCCCUUCCCCAAGCUCCGUUACGCCACCAGCUACCAAAAAAGGAUGGCGGUUCGGGGAUGAGAGUGUCGCUCGAUCUGGGAACUCCUUCGUCUACGGAUUGGACAGUGCCGAACUCCACUCUUCAGUCUCCGGACGAUAGCAAGUGGUCAUCACAAUUGGAAGCGUUGCGCAAAUCGAAAACAACAACCUUCGAGCUUACGGACCCUUUCAGCGAAAUGGCCUCAAGUGAAUCCGACCCAAGCGGAAGUAGUGGCAGUGUGAAAAAGAGCUAUACAACGGAUUUUGUGGGAAUUAACAGUCCAUCAGGUCCAUCAGGAUCGAGUACUGAGUCACUGGAGCACGGCGUACCUUUCGGGAUGGGGUGCAGUACUGUUCCUCGAGAACGGUUAACUUUGGACCUUAACCAGGGCAAGGAGCGACGAAUACACGUACCGAAUGGAAUGCCGCCCAGGGCAUCCACAAGCUGGCGCUCAUUAACAGCCCCCUGUGAGCCAGGUCCUAGUGAAAGAACCAUACAUCCAGAAGAUAUUCAUCGGUUAAUGGGCGCGAUCAGCUUUGGGUACGGCGUGUUUCAACUGAGCAUAUCUUUGUUGCCGCCGAGUUUGCUGAAAUUGAUCAGUUUUCUCGGCUUCGAAGGUGACCGGGCGAUGGGCAUUGCGUGUUUGAGUUUUUCCCGCCAAAGCAACGAUAUGCGAGCACCAUUGGCCACGCUGGCUCUGCUCUGGUACUAUACGAUUGUUACGCCGUUCUUUGCACUGGAUGGGUCGAAUCUGAGCUUCGAAAUUAGUGCCGCACAGGAGCUGAUCGAUGAAGCGAAUGGUCAAUUUUCCAAAUCGUCGCUUUUCCUUUUCUUUCGGGGUCGUGUCGAGCGACUAAAGUCUAACAUUCAGGAUGCAAUACGUGCCUACGAGCUGGCGUACCGUUCAUCGGCACAGCGGGAGAUUAAAUUGCUGUGUCUUCACGAAAUCGGAUGGUGCCGGCUUAUACAGCUAGACUUUGGUACGGCGAUGAAAAAUUUCAACGAGCUGAAACUGUGCAGUCAGUUUUCCAAGAGCUUUUAUUCGUAUCUAACAGCAAUAUGUGAAGGAUCGUUCGGGCAGUUUUCCAAUCUCGUCAAAUGGCGGACGGAAAUACUGGAAUUGAUUAAUCGCUCUCCGCAGAAGGAAUCGCAAAUUGAAAGGUACAUAUUUCGACGCAGCUUAAAGUUACCGCGUGCGGAAAGUGGCGAACAACCCAAAUACAGAAGCACCCUCUACUGGAAGUAUCUUGUGUUCGAGAUGCUGUUUUUGUGGAACACACUAAGCAGCUGCAAUGAGGAACAGCUGGAAAGCAUGAUUGCCGACUGUUCGCAGCCGACAGAUGCAUUCAGUGAACCGAUGGUCGGAAUCUCCCGCCUAAUUUUAGGUGCCUGUUUGAGCUGUCUCGCGCGUUACGAUGAAGCGAUUCGUGCAUUCCGUGAGUGCAUCGCUAUGAGAGAAAAGCUAGAUAACCAGGAUCAACAGGAUACGCACAUUUCAGCGUUUGCAUAUUACGAAUUGGCCGUGCUUUUGCUUCGACAGCAGCAGCACGGCAAUGAUGGCGCAGUCGAAGCACAUCGAUUACUCAUGCACGCGCAGCAAACCUUUAAAAACUACGACUUUGAUAAUCGCGUCAGCGUACGCAUUCACACUUUGCUGAAGAGGUUGGAUUAGGGUUGGCGGUUCGGGGAAGUGCUUUUUUAAUGUUAGAGACGAUAUUUUUUCAUGGUGCCUUAUUUAUUGAAACCCCAAAUAGACACACACACACACUUUUAGGGCAUAAUUGGUAGGAAGAUAUUAUGAAGAUUGGAAGCUUUUUGGUAGCAACACGCUUACGUACAUACUGGUACUCUUGCUGGUCAAGGAAAUCAGAUAGAUAGCACUAGUUAGAAUAGCAUUCUAUAUUAACAAGAGCUGAAGCAAAAUAGAAUAGCAACGUUGUUGAUGAUACUUCCUACUUAUUCCACAACACAACAAAAGGUUCAACAAUCGCCAAGGGCAAGAAAGCGUCAACCGGAAACAAUAAAUUUUAUACAAUACCAGUUACAAACACAAAUGUUCAACUGUUAAUGUAGAUUAAAUUGUCCAAAUAAAAUUGAAUGCUAAAAAGA